AUGCCGCCACCCAGAGGAGUCCUAAAUACACUUGAAGCCCCCGGAGACUAUGAUGUGACAUCCACGGUCCAUAGCGACACCUAUCCUGCAAUUGACCCAACCAAACUCGACUUUUCCGGAAAAGCUGUGAUCAUCACCGGAGGCUCACGAGGGAUAGGGCGCGCAAUUGUCCUAGCAUACGCAAAAGCCGGCGCAUCAUUCAUCGCUGCUGGUGCCCGUUCAGGUACCGCCGAACUCGCCUCCGAAGUCGAGAAAGCUGCCAAAGAAGCCAAUCGUCCACCUCCAAAGUACCUCCCACUUAGUGUCGACAUGUCCAGUCGUGAAAGUGUAGAGAAAGCAGCCGCAGAGUUCGAGAAAGAAUUUGGCAGAUGUGAUAUCAUCGUCAAUAACGCCGGAAUAUUUGGUGGUUUUCAACUAAUUCAAGAUUACGACCCGGAUACGUGGACUAAUAUAUUUGACGUGAAUGUUCGAGGCCCCUUCCUCAUUACCAGGGCCCUUCUUCCCCUGAUGCUCAAGACUGGAAUUGCAUACGUGGUCAACGUUUCUAGUGCCGGUGCACUCUUGACUAAUCGUACUUUGAGCGCGUAUCAAAUUUCCAAGACGGCAGCAACCAGACUCUCGGAAUUUAUCAAUGAGGAAUACUCUGAAAAGGGUAUACUUUCUUUUAGCGUCCAUCCAGGUAAUGUCAUUACCGAUAUGGCGACUACUAUUGGCGUAGAUAAAUCUCCGGAGUUUAAGCAUAUCUUCGUGGAUACUCCCGAGCUUUGUGGGAAUACGUUGGCAUUCCUCACCUCUGAGAGAGAGACUGGGUUGGAGGGAGGUUUAUCAAUGUCACAUGGGACAUGCCUGAACUCAUUGCAAAAAGUGACACAAUUGUCAAGGAGAACCAGCUCAGAAUUACAAUAA